AUGUCUUCCUCAACACAACACCCAAAGACCAUGGCUGGCAGAACAGCCGUCAUCUCGGGCUCCUCCAAAGGCAUCGGCGCCGGCAUCGCCCUGGAACUGUCAAAUCGCGGUGCAAACAUUGUUCUCAAUUACCCCUACCCGUCCUUGGAAGCCGAGUGCCAGACCGUGGGGAAAACCCUGAAAACAUACUGGAUCGCCGUGUGCGCAGACCUGGCAUCCGUCGACGGUCCAUCAGAGCUCGUCCGACAGGCCGUAGCCAGGUUCGGCCAUAUCGACAUCCUCGUCAGCAACGCCGGCUACGUUCCCAUAGCGCCUCUCUGGGACGCCAGCCUGAGCAUGUGGGACCAGGCGAUGAACUUGAAUGCCCGUGGCGCUUUUGCACUGGUGAAGGCGUCGCUGCCGCACCUGACGACGUACAAGCCAGCUGAUCCCCCGAGCAUGUCUGGUGCUAUUGGCGGGUCGCGCAUCAUCAUAGUCGGCUCGGCUGCUUCGCGAGUGCCCAAGGCAAACCAGGGCGUUUAUGCGGCCACGAAGGGCGCUCUCGAUUCCAUCUUGCGGGUUUGGGCCAAGGAGCUGCCGCCAAAGUACGGCUGUACGGUCAACCUGGUGGCUCCGGGGCCGGUGUUGACCGAGACCUUUCUUGACCACUUUACUCCUGAAGAGUGGGAAAAGAUCAAAGCAAUGCUGAUUGCCGAGACACCAGUCGAGGGUGGAGCUGCGUCUGUGGAGGAUGUUGCUUGGGCGGUCGCCUUUCUUGCGGAAGAGCGGUCUCGUUUUAUCAACGGCGAGUUUAUGCUAUUGUCUGGAGGAGUCUCGAUGAAGUAG